CCACCACUCACGACCUCCACGAUGGCGAGUCCACGCAUGAGCAACCAAGAGCUCGCGGCUAUCAACGCGGCCGCAGUGACGCGCGAAUACACGGUCAAACCGCAUCUCGACUACCGGACGGUCUCCGCGGUGAACGGCCCACUGGUUGUGCUGGACAAUGUCAAGUUCCCCUCAUACAACGAAAUCGUACAAUUGACGCUCCCCGACGGUACCAAGCGUGGCGGACAAGUUCUGGAAGUCCAGGGCAAGAAAGCUAUUGUCCAAGUCUUCGAGGGGACGUCCGGUGUCGAUGUGAAGGCAACUCAUGUGGAGUUCACCGGUAGCAGCAUGAAGUUGCCCGUGGCGGAGGACAUGCUGGGUCGUAUCUUCAACGGCUCCGGCCAGCCCAUUGACAACGGGCCCAAAGUGUUUGCGGAGGAUUACCUAGACAUCAACGGCUCUCCUAUCAACCCUUACUCUCGCAUAUACCCCGAGGAGAUGAUCCAGACUGGUAUUUCCACCAUUGAUGUCAUGAACUCUAUUGCGAGAGGACAGAAGAUCCCCAUCUUCUCCGCUGCCGGUCUACCUCAUAACGAGAUUGCUGCGCAAAUUGUACGACAGGCUGGUUUGGUCAAGGGUCCCACGAAGGACGUGCACGAUGGUCAUGAGGACAACUUCUCCGUCGUGUUUGCGGCGAUGGGUGUCAACAUGGAAACCGCGCGAUUCUUCAAGGAGGACUUCGAGUCAAACGGCAGUCUCGAUCGUGUCACCCUCUUCCUCAACCUCGCGAACGACCCCACAAUCGAGCGUAUCAUCACGCCCCGCCUGGCACUUACCACUGCGGAGUACUACGCGUACCAGCUUGAGAAGCACGUCCUUGUCAUCCUCACGGACAUGUCAUCAUACGCGGACGCGCUCCGUGAGGUCUCGGCUGCUCGUGAAGAGGUCCCUGGUCGCCGCGGCUACCCUGGAUACAUGUACACGGAUUUGUCCACGAUCUACGAGCGUGCAGGUCGUGUGGAGGGCCGCAACGGAUCAAUCACCCAAAUUCCCAUUCUCACCAUGCCCAACGACGACAUCACACAUCCAAUUCCCGAUCUCACCGGGUACAUCACUGAGGGCCAGAUCUUCGUCGAUCGUCAGCUGUACAACAGGCAAAUAUACCCACCGAUCAACGUCUUGCCCUCGUUAUCCCGUCUCAUGAAGAGUGCCAUCGGUGAAAAGCUGACGCGGAAAGACCACGGUGAUGUCUCCAACCAGCUGUAUGCCAAGUACGCUAUCGGACGCGACGCAGCGGCCAUGAAGGCCGUCGUCGGUGAGGAGGCGCUUUCACCAGAAGACAAGCUCGCACUCGAGUUCCUGGACAAGUUCGAGAAGCAGUUCGUGGGCCAGGGCGCGUAUGAGAGCAGGUCGAUCUUCGACUCGCUCGACCUGGCCUGGUCUCUGCUGCGCAUCUUCCCGAAGGAGCAGCUCAACCGCAUCAGCCCCAAGAUCAUCGCCGAGUUCUACGGGCGGAAGGCGCGCAAGCCGACGGAGGACGCCAAGCCGCAAGGCCACCCGGAGGACAAGCUCGUCGACGACGCGUGAGACCGCUGAGGUCCCCCAUCCGCUCCACGCGGCCGUCGCUCGUGCCACUCGCGUGCUGCACCACGGACUUGACCAAAGGAAAGAGCGUGGCAGGAGACGCUACGAACACUCGCGCGUAUACGUAUACUUGUACACAUUCACCACAAUGCACAUGUCCCGUCGUCCCACCGUGACUCAUCCGGGGGGCUGUUGGUGCCCC